AUGUUUCUCCUAUUUGCUGAAACUAUUUCUCAGGAUGAUUUGGAAUUUUUGAGAAAAUCGUUGAUCAAAUCGCCAUCGUUUGACAAUUUCAACUUGAGCUACAAAAACUUGAAGCCAGAAAAUAUUUCGCUUGGGCCACCAUUUGUUGAUGAUUCACAAGAUGUCUGGUUUUUCAAAACUUCAGAUUUCAAAAGGACUCUAGCGAUUGUUCAUGAGAAAGUGGAUGAGCCUCAUUUUUUGUUCACAACAGUUGAUGAGUCAAAGGUGCCCGAGGCACCCGAUGCAUGUACUCCAAGAACUAAUAGUACUAUUCUUUAUGCUUACUCAAAUGACUUGGAUGCUUAUGAUGUGAACAUGUUACGUAGCAGUAUUGUAUUUACAAAUCGUAACAUAUUUUACGGAUACACAACCUUUGCCAAUGUCAGAUUUGAUGUCCAUCACGAAGAGGAGAUUCAGUAUCAUUCUGAUGUUUUUAGUUUCAACGCAUCUGUCACUGCUCACAUGCCAAAUUCCUCCUUGUCAUAUGGCGACAGUGCAACUGGCAGCGAUGUGUUUAAUGUUCUAAAGAGAUACCUGGAAAAUGAUCAAGCAACUCUUUGUGGCUCGAUUGUAUACAUUGUGGCCAAACGUUACCCUAAUCAAGUGGAUCUUACCUCAUUGAUUACUCAACUACGAGCAAAUCACGUUUUUGUAUACGUAGUCGCUCACGCCGUUCCAUCUGGGGGUAACAACCCUCAUGCGUUGUUUGAAGUCGCUUCAAAAACGAACGGAUUCUGCGUAUUCAAUAGUGGUAACAACUUUUGGAUUAGCGUAGACAACCUCAGUUAUGUGAACUAUCGUAAAUACCAAUUCUUUUCUCAAAAUUAUGCAGUGACUGGAUCUGGACGAAUCGAGCUACCGUUAUUCACGCCUAACCCAACGGUUUAUUCAGAACAGAUGUUGGUUGUAAUCACCGUCCAGGAUCAUAAAAUCGACAGCACUUUUGUAGCAUUGAACUACACUAUCGAGAGCGUGGACGGAAGUUUCGUUUGGACUGGACCUGAUAUUGGAUCGGGGUACCCCCGAUUUGGGACCGGUAUCCUUGCACAGCCACAAUUGAAUGGCUCUACAGACUACAAGUUGACUAUUGACUAUCACUAUGCAACAGGCCAGCAGCAAGUUAUUGAAACAAGAUUGCACAGUAACUUCUAUCACGACUUCGUGCCAUUCGCCAAUUGA